AUGUGGGGCCACUGGCGAGGCUCCCGGCUAUGGCCACUGGUUGUAUGGAUGGCUUGCAUCAUUCCCUCGACCAACGCUGCCGUGUGCUACGUGUGUGACGGGCAAAGCUCCACCAGCGGCCAGUACUGCAGCCUCGGCAAUUUGUGCGCCGGCCCUUCAUGUUAUUUUGAUGUCGACGAUUCGGGGACUUGGCAGGCUGGAUGCGGAACCCUUUCAGCUGAUUCUACCAAUGUGACGUGCGCCUACGACUCGCCAACAACGAGUUGUACCUGUUCUGGCGAUUUCUGCAACAAGCUGCAGCCGACGCUCGUCUACUUGUCGACAUUUUGGGCCGACAAUGCCCCUGGGAAGCUUUUAGAAAAACGAUCACCCCCCGUUUUACCAUCCGACGAUGCGGUUCCGUGCUUUGAAUGUGGACAGGUCCAAGUCAAUGGAACGGUCAUCACACUUGCCUGCGAUCAGAACCACCUUUGCGAUGGCGGCUACUGUAUGACAGUGACCGGCCAAUACCCCUACUCGCUGUGCGCCACAUCGUGGGAGGGUAGUGCAGACGUCCGAUGCCUAAUGACGAAAAACCAGCAGCAAAAAUGUGUAUGCGCCGGUCAGAUGUGCAAUUUCCCCUACGAUCCGGACAAGAUACCGACUACGACCACGGCCGGCUCGGUGACAAACUCGAGCGAUUGCCCCGAAGGGAAUAGGUGGAAUCCGAAUCAGCAGGCCGUUUAUAUGGGAAACAAGUUGAAGGACAUCAUCAUGAACGGUUUCGGCAGUGGCACGAAGGCGCUGCAGAGUUUCCAGUCGGGCAUCAACACCCAUAUUUGUGGCUACAGCGAACCCCAGAAA